CAUCCGAUCGCAUCGCGUCGCGACGGCCAGUUGUCGGGCUUAGAACUUUAAUGAUAAUCCAGAUAAGGUGGAGAACCGUGAAAAACCCGUGGAGACGUCGCGUUGGCCGACGGCGACGACCUCGUCUCUCCCCCAGCUUUUCGUCGUUCGCCGCCCGGUUGCACAUCAGUCCUCCUUCUACUUAGCGCGGGAGCAGAAACUUGUGCAGUUCGUGUGACUAAGCACCGACAAACUUUCGAGUGUCGGCGAAGCUCUCCGCGGAGCUGUGAAUAUAGGACAAAGGAGAGUGGCCCGGAGCCGAGCCGAGUCGUCGACACCGGCUUCAACGGCAUCCACGGAGGGGAACAUUUUUUCGCUUUAACGGAUCCCAUCAGUCUCGACUCGCUUCGACUCGCCUCGACUCGCCUCGACUCGCCCUGCGCCAAGAGUGCAUUAGAGGAAAAGAGUUUCCUGCACGGCCGCGGCGUCAUGGGGUCCAGAAUGGGCUCUCGAAUCCUAAGGGGCGACGAGGAGGACAGCAUGAAGCUCUUCUGCUCGGGCGACGACGCCCCGGCCACCACGCCGAAGCCCAAGGAUGGCACCAGAGGGGAGAAGGGAGACCGGAGCGGGAAGCAGGACGUGGAUCGUUUCGGAUAUUAUCAAAUGAUCAUGUUCUCGAUAAUCAGCCUGCCUCUGUUCUUGUCAGCAGGAUUCACGCUUGCUUACGUGUUCACAGCCGGCGAAGUUAAAUACAGGUGUCUGGUGCCGGAGUGCGAAAAUGCGAACGACACCAGCUUCGACGUGCCCUGGGCCGCCGAAUCCGCGCCGGACAUCUCGGAGAUGUCGAAAUGCGCUCGUUACGAAGUCAUCAACCAUACGGACCAGUGCACGGAUCAGGUCUUCAGCAACGUGACUCGCAAAUGCGACUCGUGGAUCUACGAUCCGUCGGAGAACACGAUACUUAGCGAGUGGGGUCUGACCUGCGACGUGAACCGAUGGAAGCUCACGUUGGUGGGCACGAUAAAUAACGUCGGCCAAUUCGUCGGGUUGAUCUUCGCCGGAUACGUGUCCGACAGAUACGGGAGACGCACGAUUUUGACGCUCGCCACGUUCCUGAGCGGAAUCAGUGGCCUGAUACAUUCCUUCUCUGUGAAUUAUUGGAUGUUCCUCGCGUUCGAAUUUAUCGACGCGACUGUCGGAGCCGGUAUCUACAGUGCUGGAUUUAUUUUAGGAAUGGAGAUGGCCGGUGUGAAGGGUCGAGUUCUAGCCAGUACGAUCACCAGUUGCCUGUUCGCGGUUGGUGAAGUGCUGCUGGGAUUGAUCGCGAUGUGGACGAGGUCCUGGCGACUGAUCCUGCGGCUUGUGUACGGGCCGGCUUUGCUCGCCAUCUUGAUGCCCUUCUUGAUCCCGGAAUCAGUCAGGUGGCUACUGGCCAACGGGAAGCAUGAUAAGGUCGAGCGUAUUUAUCGGAAAAUGGCGCGUAUGAACGGGCUCAGUAUCAAUGACGAGGCGAUCGGCGAGUUCAAGGAGGUCAACAUGGUGAAGACCGAGAAGACGGAGCAACUGGAGAAGAAGAAUCCUCUGAUGCAGAUUCUGGGCAGCUCGGUGAUGAUGACGAGGCUGCUCGCUUGCUCGUUUUGCUGGCUGACGAACACUUUCGUGUACUACGGCUUGUCGUUGAACUCGGUGGCCUUUGCCGGCGACAAAUACACGAAUUUCAUACUGGUCGCCAUCGUCGAGAUCCCGGCCUAUUUCCUGACCUGGUUCAUGACCGACUGGUUAGGUCGCAAAAUCACCUUGUCCUCCUCGUUCCUAUUGAGCGGGGUCUUCUGUCUCGCGAUACAGUUCGUGCCGUCAGGCUCCUGGAGCUUCAUCCCCCUGAUUCUCUACAUGGGAGGGAAAUGGUGCAUCACGAUGUCCUUUUCCACGGUUUACAUUUACACGGCGGAGCUGUUCCCCACGAACGUGAGACACUCCCUCCUUGGAAUUUGCAGCAUGACCGGCCGCAUGGGGUCAAUAUUGUCACCGCAAACUCCUCUUUUGGCACAGAUCAUGCCGGCGCUCCCGCUGAUUCUUUUCGGCUGCAUGAGCCUGUCCGCGGGUCUUCUGUCGCUGAUAUUCCCGGAAACUUUGGGAACGAAACUUCCGGACACGGUGGGGGAGGCGGAGAACAUCGGGAAGCCGCAGCUGAAGCAGGACGCACAGGAUUCGCCGUCUUAGGUCGGGUCUGGAUGCAUCGGAACACGUUCGAUGCAGGAGGAACGGUGGCGUGGAUGGUCGGGGAAGCUUUCAGGAGUUCCCGAAGCGACUAUUCACCGACCUCGAGAGCUUGAAACGCGUGAAAACUUCGUAAGCAACGAGGAAAAGAAGACGAAGAGACGAGAAAAAGGAAUCGUUGUGUAUUUCGUCGGGCGGUUUAAAACGGCUGAGGCCUCGAGCCUCGUAUCAAUCCCCCAUAAAAUUGACUCGUUCGACGGGACGACGACUUAUUGUUCAGCCAGCCCCGUUGACGAGGAACCCGAUAAUUCUGUCGUUUAUCCCGUGUUCGACGCCCGACAGAGAUAAGGCACGGUCCGCCCGCGUUUCGUCUCCCGCCGCGCCAGCGUAUCCGUUUAAUGAAUUUUUAACCCGUUUAAUUAUUCCUCGUUGCCGCCUGUUGGGGCUAUCAUUGGCGUGUUUGCCGCGUUAUCUGUCGUCUGCGAUGAGUCAGACAGCCACUCCGAUCGUUCGAAGCCUCGCAGCAUGGAGAAAGCAGACGAUUUAUACUCAGGUAUUUGCACAGUAUUGUCGCGUCACGCUAGCGAAUGUAUUUUCAGACGAGCGGCCGGCGACGAUUUGCCGCCGAAAAAACAUUCGAAUGUAGUUUUAUGCCGCCGCGUUUUAGCGUCACAGUGAUUGAUAUGAAGUAAUUUACACGAGGCGGCAAAUUCAUGGUUUAUCAAAAUAAGGGUUGUAACCGUCACCGCUAUACGACAUCAUAGCACCAUUUGUAUCGGCAUUCAAUACGUACAAUCGUUUUCCCUUUAUCAUUGGAGAAGAAAAUGGACGCAGUCGAUACUGACGUAUUUAUCAGCACCAUAAAAAGAUUUUUCGAAUUAUGGGACACGCGUAUAGAAGAGUACCAUGACAAAAUAAAAAUAAAACAAUGCAUGGAUGCAUGGAUGCACUGCAAGUGAUGCAAAUUUUAUGAAUAUUUCCGCACAAGAGAGAACAAAAUUUAGUGAAUAUAAAUUAUAGCUUUUAUUUAUAUUAUACAGUUAAAUUUAA